ACACAACAUACGGCGGACGGUGGUUCAUUAUUCUGCCCUCGGUAGGCCUCCGGAUCGGGCGCACCUAGACCGAGCGUGCGACGUGCCACAGUUGGGAACCGUUGUAGUGUACAUAGUACGGAGUGUGUGAGUGUGGAUCGACGAUUGCUCGCAGACGGGUGGGGGAGUUGUGUUGUUCACGAUUCCAGGACUUCUUCACGGGUGUGGCCGCGGAAACGUGUCCUGCUGUACGGUGAAAGAAUUCGUGAAGUUCCAAAAUACAACGGUUCAGGUUUAAACCCGUCGCGAGUGUUCGAUCAAGCUUGGACAGUGGGUGGAUGCUUCGCAUCAUUGAUCACGAUAGAUUCAUGAGUCCUGCUACUAGUAUCCACAGUUCAUUACGCAACGGAGUCAAUUCCAGUCCAGUUUACAAAAGUUAUCCAGUGUGUGCUUCUUUGUACUCGGUAGUGGUUGCCCGACCGUCCCUAUCUGUGAUCAGAACUUCCUCCUGGGAAGCAUUUAAUUCAUUCAACGAGAGUGUCUAACGAUCCAACAAUCAACGGGGCAGAUCAUAAAUAUAUCAACAAUUCAAAUCAACCCGCCGAGUGGAUGUUGUAUCAUACAAGUUUGCGCGAAGCAGAUACGUCAACGAGCUAUUUUAACGUAUGUGUGAAUGCAGUAGCAUUGGUGCCAUUACCGUUUCCAAAGAGUAUCACCUUGAUCCGUAAUCAACGAACGAGCGAAUUAUAGAAGCGCUACAAUAGCAUCACAUCACCAGUCGGUAGUCAGUGUCCCGUCCGUAAACCGAAGAUUACAGAAGUGACAACAGUGUGAGCUGCCGUGUAUGAUCGCGGGGAUCGCGUCCGUGCGCGCUCGUUCAGUGUGGUUGUGCGAACGAUCAAGUGGGAUUAAUCUAAUUUACAAUCAUUCCCGACCCGAGAGGUGUUGUGUAUAUCCAUCCACCUCAUCAUCAGUGCUGCCGAGCAGUGAAAAUCCCGGCCAAGAAUAUCGGAUUGUGUCCCGCGCAGAUUGAGUGCGAAUGUGCGCGAAAGUGUCACCUUUCCUCCUCCAGUAGAGGGCAGAGUGCAGUGCAACAACGGCUUCAGAGGCAGCAACAGGAAGAACGCCCUACACCGCCAGUAGUAGUGCGUUCCUUUUCUAUCGCUGUUUUGAUCAGAUUCCGCGAACAGAAUGUGUGCCGGUGUAUGUGCGGCGGCGGUGCGUUGUUGUAAGCGCGCACAGUGUGCUAAUUAAAACAAAUGAAAUUUAAAUCGGUGCAAAUAUUUACCUCCCAGUGCUAUCGUUGUUUGCCGGUUGACGUCGAAGGGGAAACGAGUUAAGGGAACCCACCACACAGCAACCACCGACUGAGGCAUCAACACGUGAACCAACAUCGUUAAAAAGCGAGAACGAGAUUGAUUCCGUGAGAUUAGUGCGGCAGUGUUUUGCGUGAGUGUUUCGAUUCCGCGGAAGAGGCCGCUCGCGUCUCCCUCCCCGGGGAGGUGAAAUAUGUACGAAGUGGCCACGGUCGCGGGCAACAAACUAGACGCGGCGUACGCCAUCAAAAGUUUAUCCAGCAUAAUGGGGCAAAUAUCCAGCACGGCGAGCACCAACAAUAAUCAUCACGCGGGUCGCAAUGGGAAGAAAAUCUACCACCGGCACUCGUCGGUCCAGCCGGCUCUGGCCAAUAUCAAACUGCUGAAAAAGGAGAGUUCCUUCAGUGGGAAGGACCAUCACAUCAAAGAUCCGCUGCACAAGGCGCGAACCGAAAGUAAAAACAUCGACCAGUUGCUGCAGGUGGCCUCCAAUGGGCAGAGCCUUCCAGCCCCAAUGGCCAGCAUGACGCCAAGCGCUAGCAACGACCUUAAUCUCAGCAAAGGCUCCAGUACCGUCUUCAGUUCGACCAAUAGCAAGGAGUUCUUCAAAUCGGGCGACGCCUACCACAAGACUGAUAUUUGUUACUACAAAACCCUGGACAACGGUUACCACAAACUACCUUCCGAUUCGUACCACAAGAUGACCGAAGGGUGCUACGUCAAACUGCCGGACGGUAGCUUCUGCAAACUAGACGAUAAGGUGCUUUCCCUAGAUGCCAACACCGUCAUCGGAACGGGUGACAAGCGGUCCGGUGCUACCCUUGGGGCCGGUUCCGCCGUGGACCAAACCACAACCGGCCGGCACGACGAAUCCGGUGUGCAGUACCGGGUGAAAAACCCGGUGCUCAAAUUUUUAAAACGUUCCAAAUCCCACACCCCCGCCACCAUUGCCCAGCUGCAGAAGGAAAAGAACCGUCUCAGUACAAUCCAAUCGCCGGAUGUGGACGCUGGCCGUCCUCCGGUGUCGCACCAGCAGCAGGUUCUGUCCGGUCAUCACCAUCAUCACGCGCAGCAGCAGAACGCCAUCAAUGCGUCGAACAAUAACAACAACAGCAAAUCGCAACAUUCCAGCAAUGCCCAUCACCACCAUCAUCAUGCGCAGCAGCAGCAGCAACAACAGCCACAAGCGAACCAGAACCGCCGGGUCAUGGUCACCAUGAUCGACGGUGGGCUGCCGGUGGUGGCCAAGAGCAAACCCAUUCACGAUAAGCCAAAAAGUGCCAAAGCUCGGGCCCAGGAUGCCAGUAGGGAUAAGGGUUCACCAAAUAUGCAGAUGCGCGGAACGGGUGCUCGGUGGCGACCGGCCGAGGAACACAUCGGCAAGUACAAACUGCUGAAAACCAUCGGCAAGGGAAACUUCGCCAAGGUGAAACUGGCGAAGCACGUCCCCACGUCCAAGGAGGUGGCCAUCAAAAUCAUCGACAAGACACAGCUGAAUGCGUCCUCGCUGCAGAAGCUGUACCGGGAGGUGCGAAUAAUGAAGCUGCUGGACCACCCGAACAUUGUGAAACUGUUUCAGGUGAUCGAAACGGAAAAGACGCUGUACCUAGUGAUGGAAUACGCGUCCGGUGGCGAGGUGUUCGAUUACCUGGUCCUGCACGGGCGGAUGAAAGAGAAAGAAGCCCGCGCAAAAUUCCGACAGAUCGUGUCCGCCGUCCAGUACUGCCACCAGAAGCGAAUUAUCCAUAGGGAUUUAAAGGCAGAGAAUCUGCUGCUCGAUAGUGAAAUGAACAUCAAAAUUGCCGAUUUUGGUUUCUCGAACCAAUUCACGCCCGGCUCCAAGCUAGACACCUUCUGCGGUUCGCCUCCGUAUGCCGCGCCGGAACUGUUCCAGGGUCGAAAGUACGACGGUCCCGAGGUGGACGUGUGGUCGCUCGGCGUCAUCCUGUACACCUUGGUCAGUGGGUCCCUCCCAUUCGACGGAGCGACGUUACGAGAGCUGCGAGAACGAGUCCUCCGAGGAAAAUACAGAAUACCCUUCUACAUGUCGACAGAUUGCGAAAACCUGCUGAAAAAAUUCCUCGUUCUCAACCCGGCCAAGCGGGCCAGCCUCGAGUCCAUCAUGAAGGACAAGUGGAUGAACAUGGGAUACGAGGACGACGAGCUGACCCCCUACGUUGAACCUAAGCCCGAUCUGAAGGAUCAGAAACGGAUAGGUAAGACGGAAGCGUUAGUAGCGAUGGGCUAUAAUAGGCAAGACAUAGAAGAAUCAUUGACAUUCACCCGGUACGAUGAUGUUUUCGCCACUUAUCUGCUACUCGGAAGAAAAAGCACGGACCCCGAGUCCGACGGGUCCCGGUCCGGAUCGUCUCUGUCGCUACGUAAUAUCGCCGGCAAUGAGGGUGCCGCCGCUGGCAACCCCCAAGUGCAAAGUCCCACGCACCGAGGUGUGCAUCGAAGUAUAUCGGCAUCGAGCACAAAACCUAGCAGACGGGCCUCCAGUGGCGGUGAAACCUUACAAAUUUUCCAACGCUUCAUUACAGGUGUCGGACCGACAGCAGCAGUGGCCGCAGCCGCGGCAGCCGCCGGGGGUGGUGGCGGCGGCGGAGGUGGUGUCGGUGGCAACAACGCCACCGGUACCAACUCGGCAGCAGCCGGUGCAUCGGCGGCCAGUGGGCCCGGUGCCGCAGCGGUCAACAACUCCGCCAGCAGUAAUAAUCACAGCUCGGGGGCCAGCAGUGGCACCUCGGAACGGACGUCAGUUAGCAGUAAUUUCAAACGACAGAACACCAUAGACUCAGCCACCAUGAAGGAGAACACGGCCAGAUUAGCCGCACAAAACCAGAGGCCGGCGUCGAGCAUAACCAAACCAAUCACAUCGGCAGAUAAUUCAUCGAUCUCGAGCCCGGCGAAACCGCGUACCACCAGUACGACCACGGGCAAGUUCGACCCCAGCAACGGCAACCGGACGGUUGGGCCCAGUGCCGGCGGCAUGAUGCCAAGGCGGUCCACGACGCUGUACGAGAAGACGUCCUCGACGGAAAAGACAAACGCCACCACGGAUAACACCUUCAUUGGUCCGAUUCCGGAAUUCACCCGCGGCAGCUCGGCCGGGGCGGGCGGUGGCAAAGGUCACGUGAAGAGUGCGUCCGUAUCGAGCCCGGGACCGUCGGCCGACAGUAGUGCCAACAGCGCCGCCACAACCGAUCCCCUCCGUCAAAGACAACCGGUUGCAUUUCCCAGGAAUAUUCCAUCGCGAUCGACUUUCCACUCGGGUCAAACCAGAUCCCGCAACAGUACGACAUAUGCCGGUGCCGGAGGCAACGUAGGCGACUCCCCCCACACUGGCAAAACUUUCCUGCAAAGACUUACUACCAGAUUCAGCAAACGGCCCAACGAAGGCCAAGCAAAUACUUCAUCAAAUAGUAGUGGCUCUACUGCGGAGGAACCGGUUAAGCCCCGGGUGCUACGCUUCACCUGGUCGAUGAAGACGACUUCGCCGCGGUUGCCGGAUGAAAUCAUGGCCGAGAUCCGGUCCGUGCUGGACAAGAACAAUUGUGAUUACGAACAGCGGGAGAGGUUUGUUUUGCUGUGUGUGCACGGUGAUCCCAAUACGGACUCGCUGGUGCAGUGGGAAAUCGAGGUCUGCAAGCUGCCCCGGCUAUCGCUCAAUGGCGUGCGGUUCAAGAGAAUAUCAGGUACCAGCAUUGGCUUCAAGAACAUUGCCUCGAAGAUCGCGUACGACUUACGUCUGUGACUCGAUACAAAAUCGGAGGAGUACCAUUCGGUCGGUAGCGAUGCUCCGGAUGGUAGUGAUAAGGGCGAUGGCGGCGACGAUGGCAACGGCGGAGGCGGCGACAGUGGCGGUAGCAGCAGUAAUGGCGGUAACAACGGUGACAACGGUCACGGCGGUGGCAAUAGUAACAACAACGGCAACAAAGACUGCGGAAGCGGUGACGAAACAACCACAAACAGGACAACUUCAGAAGAUGAUGGCAUGCGAAAGACUACAAUGCAAAUGGGGAAUGCAAACGCCACGUUAGCGCGUGGGUUCGUUGGUAGAUACCAUGAUUUUGGUACUGCGGGUACGACAUAUAUGACGACGGCGAAAAUGGCGGCGACGAAGAUGGCGGACGGUAAACCAUACGAAGGUUUCACUGGUAAUUACUACGACUAUCCCAGCGAUGCGUAUGAACCCGUGCAGCGUGAUUACGGGAUAGAGCCGAACACCAGGGAUUCCGCCACCUCGAAGGCAGACGGUGGCGACAAGGUGGUCGGCUACAACAAUAUAUUUGCAUCGUUGCUGAGAACUACUACCCUUUAGGAUGUGGCGGCGGUAAGUUUUAAAGAAUGUUGUCAAGUUUUUAGAGUGUUGACAGUUUAACUAUAAUCAAUAGCCGAAAAAUAGUAUUCAACAAGGAAAGUCCUUUUUAUAAAUCCACACACAUACACACAGUUGUUCAAGAUGGUAGAAGAUUAAACACGCAAAUCCGUUGCAGCAUAGUAUCUCGUUGAAAGGGUAUCCAUUGAUAAUGAAUGAAAUACAUACAAGUUUAGCUAAUUCAGAAACUAACAUAUGAUAAUCUAGGAAGUUGAUGGUGUGAAAAAUAACUUCUCUAAAUAACGAGCAAACAAAUAUUGGACAAUUUCGACCAUACCUUUAUUCAAAAUGAUCAACAUUCGUUUAAGAAUUUAUCUUUCAAAUUUUGAAGAAACUUUACUGCUGCUCAAAUCGCGAACACGGGUUAUGAUUUCCAACUAUUCCGUUCUUUCACCUGAUCAAAACUAAGUAGUUCUGUCCAAAACGAAAAAAAAACAAAACAAAAAUGCCUUUAAAACGCAACUUAAAAAUGGCGCCAUCAUCACCUCUUAUUGUGUGAAACAAAACCGAAGUCAUUCAACA